UUCUCACGCCUCUCAAUUUCUCUCUCUUUUCAUAUUCACACGCCUCUCUCAUUCUCUCUCUCACUUAUGGAUCCUUUUCACCAUUUCUUCCAUUCAUUCUUCUUUCAUUUAUGUCACCUUCUUCCAUUUUUCUUCCAAAAUCAUCAACUCCAUGUUCCCUCUAAUUCCUAUCCACAACUCAAACCUCAUAUCUAUACCAGACGAAGAAGAAGAUUUGCGGAAGACAGAGACAAAGAAGAUCAUUACGGCAAUAACUUUUUUAAUCAACUCUCUAUCUCAAAAAUCACAAUUGCAUUAAGAUUCCUCAAAUCAUAAAUUUCACCAUCAAUAGAGGUUCAUUUUCUAAUGGAAAGAUACUAAUAAGAAUGAUUUUCAUCCUCAUGCAAAGUUGUUCUCCCUCAUUAAGAGGCACUCUUCUCUUUCUUGAGUGUUUCUCCUUUAAUCAUACUUUGAGAGAAGACAAUGAAUGUGCUGACUAGUUGACCUAGUUUGGUGCUAACAAUGUUGAUUCCUUGAAGAUGUGGAUGUAUCAUCCUCCUUAGUUGAAUAUCACUCUGCUUGUGGAUAUAGAUUAUAAGGUAUUUAGAUAACAGAUUGCUUAGUUCUUUUAUUUUCCCCUUGAUAAAGAAAAAAAAAUUGAUUAUGACAAUGAAAAUAACAUAAACCGCUAGAUAGAUGUGUAAAUAUUCGCAUAGUGAAUAAAAAAGUGUAAAAGUAAAAAUAUUGAAAACUAAUAGUAUUACCUUGGGAUAAUUAAUAGAAUAGUGGUGUAUGAGUAAUAUUAAGGGUUUUGAUGAAAUAAUUUUGUAGCAACAUUUUAAUGAGAUGAGAAAGUUACUAGGCCCAUUACGAUGAGGGAAACCUAGCCCAUUUAGUGAGACUAUAUAUGGAUAACUCUGGUAAGAAAUUAGGGUUGCACACUCAUUUCACAAACUUCACAAAAGGUGGUUGGUGAGAGAUUAGAGAGAUUUUUUUGCUAAAUCAAUGGCAGGCUCCAAAACUCCAACUUCGUCUAGCAAGAGACCAGUGAUAUCCCAGAAUGAUAUAUAUGUGGCACAAUGCAAACUUUGCAUGAAAUUUAGAGAGAUUGAUACGCAGGAGGAGUUUGAGGAGAUCCUUCAUAAAAUCAAACAAGAGCCUUUUGAUUGUAGCAAAAAGGAUAAUUGUAGGUGUGAUGAUCCUGCUGAUAUAGAAUAUGAUUCUUCUCGGACAUGGGUCAAAUACAAGCCUAACAUUCCAAAGACUCCAAAAGGAUUCAAGAGAAUCUCAGUGCUUAGAGAUGAUUACUCUAAAUUGGACUCUUACUACAUAACACCUACAGGUAAACAACUGAGAUCCCGCAAUGAGAUAGCAGCAUAUCUUAAAGAUCAUCCACAAUCCAAUGGUGUAUCUGCUUUGGAUUUUGAUUUUUCAUCCCCAAAGGUCAUGCCAGAUACCAUUCCAGAAUUUAUUGUGAAACAGAAGGAUUCUGCGAACAAAAAAGCUAAGAUAGCUAAAGAUGAAGUUUGAGAAAUGUCAUCACAAGGUUGCUGCAUUUUGUUGUUCUUGAUGCUAAUUAUGGUUGGUUUGUUUGUAAUAUAUUAUUUCUAGAUAUUGUGUUAUGGAAAACCAAUUCAGUGUUAUUGAAAGAAAUUUAACUUUAGUUAUGGUGGUCCAUAGUAAUUGUAACCUAAACAUGUAUUUGCAGGCUCUUUGUGUUGUAACCUAAAUACAUGUUGUACUCUAUCUUUAUAAAAUAAAUACAAGUUGAAUUUUUAAAAA